UUUGUCUCUCAUUUCUCUUUCUUGGACUCCUGUAAUUUAAAGUUGAAAAAGCAACGAUGCAUCCGAUAAAUGCGGUUUUGGCGGCGAGGAUGCUAUUUAACACGGCGGCCUCGGUCAGUGAAUCCGUCGGAGAAGGGAUUCCGUUCGGAUCUCCAUGGUGGUUUAUCUACGCCGGGAUUUCUUGUUUUUUAGUACUUUUCGCAGGGAUGAUGUCGGGUCUCACCCUCGGACUGAUGUCGCUUGGUCUCGUCGAACUCGAAAUUCUUCAAAGGAGCGGCACUUCCACCGAGAAAAAACAAGCGGCUGCUAUUUUGCCGGUAGUUCAAAAACAGCAUCAGCUUUUGGUGACUUUGCUUCUUUGCAAUGCUGCUGCUAUGGAGUUUGUAGGAACUUUGCAUCUGGGAAUGACUGCCGAACCCAUCACCAUGCCCUCCCUAUAUACUUGGAUAAGCUUUUCAAUCAAUAUGUGGCUAUCAUACUUUCUGUGACUUUUGUUCUAGCUUUUGGUGAGGUUAUUCCACAAGCAAUAUGCACAAGAUAUGGACUUGCUGUAGGUGCAAACCUUGCAGGUCUUGUGUGGAUUUUAAUGAUUAUUUGCUAUCCAAUAGCUUAUCCCAUUGGAAAGGUUCUGGAUUGGGUACUGGGGCAUAAUGAAGCACUAUUUAGGCGGGCUCAACUAAAAGCCCUUGUCUCCAUCCAUAGCCAGGAGGCUGGAAAAGGAGGUGAGCUCACACAUGAUGAAACAACAAUUAUUAGUGGAGCACUAGAUUUGACUGAAAAGACUGCUGAUGAGGCUAUGACACCUAUAGAAUCAACUUUCUCUUUAGAUGUCAAUUCAAAGUUGGACUGGGAGGCAAUGGGUAAGAUCCUCGCUCGUGGUCAUAGCCGAGUCCCUGUCUACUCAGGGAAUCCCAAAAAUAUUAUUGGACUUCUGCUGGUGAAAAGCCUUCUCACUGUACGCCCUGAAACUGAGACACCUGUCAGUGCUGUUUCCAUCCGAAGAAUUCCAAGGGUUCCAGCUGAUAUGCCUCUCUAUGAUAUUCUGAAUGAGUUUCAAAAGGGCAGCAGUCAUAUGGCAGCUGUUGUGAAGGCUAAAGGAAAAAAUAAGAACCUUCCUCUGACUGUUGACGGACUGAAGUCUGAAGAAAACAAAGUCUCCAGUGCAGAUACCCAGCUGACUACUCCUCUGCUAUCCAAGCUGGAUGAGAAGCCAGAGAGCAUUGUAGUUGACGUUGGUAAGUUGUCAAGACCUACCAAUACAAGCAGGCUAGAUGCUGUAACAUAUGGAUUGUCUGUCACAUCAGAGGACAUUGAAGAUGGUGAAGUGAUUGGUAUUAUCACCUUAGAAGAUGUUUUCGAAGAAUUAUUGCAGGAGGAGAUAGUGGAUGAAACCGAUGAAUAUGUUGACGUGCAUAAAAGAAUCCGUGUUGCUGCAGCUGCAGCUGCUUCAUCAGUGGCACGUGCACCAUCAAGUAGGAGGCUAACUGGUCAGAAGGGAGUGGGGGUCCAAAGCAAAGGUCAAGCCACGAAGAAACCUGCCUAGGAUGGUUCACUCCUCUACUAGGUUUCAAGGUACACCUGCUGAGAGAAAAAGAGAUGAAACAAGUAUAUAAUUGUUUGGAUUAAUGCCAGCGAUGAGGGGUGGGUUCAUUGACAUGAUUCCUUUGUGUCUUGAUGAUUUUUUGCCCUUGUGCAUAAUGGCUUUCUCUCUCUAUAUAUAAGGAAAAAUGUGAUUAAAACUUCCAAACAUACUAUAUUUUUCAUUUUGGGUCAAGAAAUAUGGAAUUGAACCAUGAUUUUGUGGGGAUAGAUUUGAUUCAAGUUUUUGGUGUAACUUUCCUCUUGAAAGAAACAAUUAGUUAACUAGCCUACAGCUGGGGAAUGGAAGCUAGAUUAAAUCGGGAAAACCCCAUUGAAGCAGCUUUGUUAUAAUCUUUGUAUUUCAAUUCGUGAACUGCUUCUUCAAGCCAUAAAAUUAUCUAUUUGAAUUUUCUGCUUUGCCUGAA